AAUUUUUGUACAUCUGUGGCUUAGACUUGAAUGAGUAUUCUACGUCUCGAUUUGAUCUUAACAUAGCCUUGAUGUGUGUCUUUAGAGGCCGGUUCUUCAUGAGGGUUUGCGCGAGGCGGUGUGAUUAUCUUCUAAGCCUCAUUUUGUGUAUUUUAUAAAUAAAUAUUAUUAGUUAUAGAUGAGAAAGGAGAUUUUACAAUUUCUACGCAUCUCCCCAAACGGUGUUGCACUAAAGUAUUGAAUUAAAAACAUACUUUGCAGCUGCCCAUUUGAUGUCAAAUCGUAGAUGCUCAGGUAAGCCAUCACGGCCACCAGAGAUGGACAACCUUGGACUUUUGAAGUCUGGUAAAAGUUACUAAUUAUAAGAAUGAAUUAAAUAAUUUUGUUUUUAAAGGUAUCUCGUAAGUUGGAAUUGAUUAUCAUUCAAUAAAAAUAAUAUUUUUUCGUUGUAAUUUGGACUACGCCCGGUUACUGGGGAUGGUGAUGUUUCAGAGAAUAUCAAGAAACAAAAGGACGACUUCUCUUGAGUGGAACUGAAGGCUUUCUUGUCACCAAACACACUAAUUUGAGUUUGAGGAAGGCAAGGUGUUUUGCUUGCAAUGGCAGAUACCCUCACCCUCACUUAGACUAUGAUAGAAAUACUCAUCUCACCUUCCAGGCUUGUUUGUCAAGACUCCUUUGAGUUUGAGUUGGUGAAAGCUACUAACUAAAACAUCUAUAUCUAUCUCUGUAUUGUACUGGAGACACAAGACAUAACUUCUUCUGCCAGUCUCCAAUCCAUAGGUUUUAUAAUGUAUUAAUCAUGAACAAACAACAAGAGAGUAGAAACUAGAAAGUCGUAAGAUCUAGAACUGCUCUGUACACAAAUCAGAGUAUAAAAUUGUGUUGGUUGUCAGUUGAGAUGGAAAUUCUACCAUCUUUGACAAUCUAAAAUACUUGCUUAAAUUAAUCGUCAACUGCUUUCGGGAGCUUAAACACGUGAGGACUGAAAAACACACAUCAUUAAAUUAAACAAGGACCAAACUGUCUGUUGCUCCUUAAAUAAAUAUAACUGCCUUAGGCACCAACUUCUUGCCACUCACAAAUAAAAAAGGGUGCCUCAAACUCCAUUCUCAUAUAACCCAAUAACAACCUCUCUCUCUCUCCCCCCCAACAUCUUCUGCUGCAGUGAUUCGUCUUGCCAACUCCAGUGGUUGGAUGUAGCUGUAGGAAUUUUCCUCUACCCUGUUAUAGAACUCUUUGUACAAUAUUAAGGUCUGUGCAUUGAAUUCAAGCUCUCUUUGAAGUCAAAACACUUGUACAUCCAUCAAAGAUGGGGGAGAUGUCGAGCUUCCAGAUUGGCGUCAUUGGCGCGCUCUUUCUUUCAGUGGCAUCAUCUGUCUCGAUUGUCAUCUGCAACAAAGCUUUGAUGAGCAAUCUUGGGUUUCCUUUCGCCACAACUCUAACCAGUUGGCAUCUUAUGGUGACAUUCUGCACCCUUCAUGCCGCUCAGCGCUUCAGUUUGUUUGAGUCCAAAUCCAUUGACAUGAAGACUGUCAUGCUCUUUGGCAUCCUAAAUGGCGUGUCCAUUGGACUUCUUAAUCUGAGCCUUGGAUUCAACUCUGUUGGAUUCUACCAGAUGACCAAACUUGCAAUCAUACCCUUCACUGUAUUAGUGGAGACUCUUUUCCUGAAGAAGCAGUUCAGUGAGAAGAUCAAGUUUUCUCUCCUAAUCUUGCUCAUUGGAGUAGGGAUUGCCUCCAUAACUGAUCUGCAGCUCAAUUUUGUUGGAACAGUUGUUUCCAUUCUGGCCAUUAUAACCACCUGUGUUGGUCAAAUUCUGACAAACACAAUACAAAAGAGGCUGAACGUCUCGUCGACGCAGCUGCUUUACCAGUCAGCCCCAUUUCAAGCAGCAAUUCUGUUUGUCUCUGGCCCUAUAGUAGAUAAGUUCCUCACCAAACAAAAUGUCUUUGCUUACAAGUAUUCAACUAUAGUCUUGGCAUUUAUCAUCCUAUCAUGCAUUAUAUCCGUUUUUGUGAACUUCAGCACAUUCAUGGUUAUUGGGAAGACAUCUCCAGUUACAUAUCAAGUGCUUGGACACCUCAAGACAUGCCUUGUUCUUGGAUUUGGAUACACAUUGCUGCAUGACCCUUUCACUGUAAGAAACAUUAUUGGAAUCCUUGUUGCUAUGGGUGGAAUGGUCUUGUACUCCUAUUUCUGCACCCAAGAUAACAAAAAGAAACAAUCUCUUGACCUUUCUCUUGGGCCUCAGGUGAAAGAUAAGGACACUUCACCACUUUUGGGACAUCAAGAUGUAGAAAGUCACGAUCCAAAGAAAUCUCUUGCUUAAGAACUGGCUGUGCCAGAUUAAGGUUGCUUUUUGGUAAUCUUUAUCAUAAGACAUUUUGUUUGUGUACAUGGAUUCCAUUCUUUAUAAAUAAGAAAAAUACUCAUUUUUAGUUCA